AUGGCAGAGGAAGAUGCGCAUUCUCCGCUACUCGAGCCGCGACGAGCGUGCCAGGAGUGCAACCGCAAGAAAACAAAAUGUGACAUGCGUCGCCCCGUCUGCGGGCUCUGCUUACGAACCGGCAAUUCUUGCACGUUCCCCUCGAAAAGGAAGAAGCCAACUCAGCGCAAGCCGCAAAUGAAGGCCCAGUCGCGGAAGAUCAGCGACAGCAUCUCGAGACUAGUGCAGGUGCUCGAAGCAGCCUCUCGAGCUGGAGAGAGCUCCGGUGGCCCGGACGGCUGUCGCGAGAUUCCCCAGAUCCUGCUACGGGAUUCUCUCAGAAGCCUUCUCGCCGAGAUCAAAGAGACUGAUCAGCAAAGUGCAGACAACCCCGACAAAGCAGCGGAUCAGCGAAACCAUAGCGGGGCAUCGGACGCAGAUGACGCCGAAGACGAAAGCCAUGAAGCGAACGAGCGAGAAUACCAGCAGGUACCUGCCCGCAGCUCAACCGAACCAAGUACGAAAGUACCAACGCCAACAAUGACCAGUGCAUCUGAAAGCAGGAUAACUUGCUCGGUCGCCGUUGACUUGCUCAAUCUAUUCUUCGACAAAGUCCAGGCAUGGGUGCCAAUCCUCCAUAGACCGCGUUUCCAAGCCAAGUACGAACGGCAAUUACUGGUCGACGGGGAUGUCAUGCAGGGUUUGUCGGUGGACGAGUCGCUUCUGUUCUACAGCAUGUUUGCCAUGUCCGCCAGAUUUUCUACCCACCCACGAUUUGCCGGCGUGCCGCCGAACAAGCGAGGAUAUGAAUUUGCCCAUCUAGCGAGAGAGUACUACUCCAAAGCUCGAUCUCUGCGGAAUCCGUCCUUGACCUACCUGCAGGGCUGCAUCCUGCUCGCGAACUACUUCUACACGUCGGGCCCGACCCAUCAGGGCUGGAUCCUUAUCGGUGUCUGCGUGAGGCUAGCAUAUGACUUGGGUCUUUCAGAAGUGGACGACGAGGACUUGAGGCCGCCCGCACCAAUUGGACAUGUAGAAAAGGAGGAAAUGAGGCGUGCCUGGUGGGCCGUAUGGGAGCUCGAUACUUUUGCCUCGACGGUCUCCCGGAAUCCAUAUUCCAUUGAUCGCAAGAGAAUGGCGGUUUCGUUGCCCAUCUCCGAUGAGGCGUGGUUUGCUGAAGUCGACGUCCCGUCGGCGCAACUCAACAUGCUUCCCGGUCAAUCGUGGAGGUCACUCCGAGGCUGCAGCAACCAAGACGAAAGGGCAUGGUUUCUCGUCGCCAACCAUUUCAUGGCCACUGUUCACGACCGUCUACACCAGAAGCAGGAUAUAUCACCAGACGAGAAGUUGACUUUGGAGAACGAGAUAUGCUGUUUCAAGCUGGCGCUUCCCUCCUCGCUGCGUCUCGACGCGGAGACGCUGGCAUUCACGCCCGCGACAUUUGCUCGGUGUAACUGGGUUAUCGGCACGCACCUCAUGUUGAUGGCCGCAUCAUUCAUGGUCUCUGGGAUUUCAAGUGCUGAGCCCGAUGAUCGCAGUGUGUCGAGUGUCGGAGCGGGGCUAUCGUCACCACUCCGGCAACGUGCCAUUGACUUGUCAAGGAUUAUCAGCCUCUGGGACUCGAGAUAUAUAGCCGCGGCACAUCCCUUCUUCACCUGCAUGAUGCUCCCGCCAUAUUAUGUCGACGGCGAUAUUUUGAGGACCCAACCCCUCAUUGCCUCUAGCCACGACCUAGGAAAGCUUGUUCUGGCACAUUUUAGUGAGAGGUGGAAGCUGGGAUCGGUUGUCUCAGGUAUGGCCAUCUAA